AUGCAGGCGGCGGCCACGCACGCACCACCCGACUCCGCCGACGAGCUGGGCGAGCCCGUGCCAAAGGUGCCCAACUCGCCGUCCUCGGCCUUUGCCUGCCUCUCUCUCGACGACGACGACGACUACGACGACGGCGACUGCAACGACAGCUCCCAGCGCCCCACAGGGACCUCGCAGCACAUGGGGGGCAACGCCAGCAAGGCCGCCGAGGUCGCUUCGGCCACCCGCCUCGUAGAGGCCCUCGACGCCGCCAGGAAGAGGCCCAAACCCUUGAUCCGCUCCACCGGACACCGCGUACAGGGCCCGCGCGACGAGCAGCACCACCUCCUCUCGUGGAAGACGAGCGAGUUCGCCUACCGCAAGAGCAGCACAACGGGCUCCGACCUGCCCACCCUCGCUCGCGGCCUCUUUACCGAGAGGCUCCUCACCCGCGAUGGCAGCGUCCAGCACAGGGUGGCCGUGCGCGGCUACGACAAGUUCUUCAACCUGGCAGAGAUGCCCUGGACAAGGCCAGAGGCCAUCCGUGCCUACACCGUCCCGCCCUAUAUCCUCACCUUCAAGGAAAACGGCUGCAUCAUCUUCAUCGCCGCCCUGUCCGAUCACCAGCUCGUCGUCACGUCAAAGCACUCGACCGGCGCCCUCGACGGCGUCGCCGUCACCCACGCCCAAAAGGGCGAGGAGUGGCUCGACGUCCACCUCGCCCGCGCCGCAAAGACGCGCGAGCAGCUCGCCCGCGAGCUGUGGCAGCGCAACGAGACGGCCGUCUUUGAGCUGUGCGACGACAGCUUCGAAGAGCACGUGCUCGAGUACCCGGCGGAGAAGUCGGGACUGCACCUCCACGGCCUCAAUGCCAACUCGGCCACGUUCCGCACGCGGCCCAUGGACGAGGUCGACGCCUUUGCGCGGGAGUGGGGCUUUAUCCCCACGCGCUACAUCGAGGUCGCCUCGCUCGCCGAGCUCCACGAGCUGACGGAUCGCAUCGGCAUGUCCGGAUCCUGGGAGGGCGAGCCGAUCGAGGGCUUCGUCAUCCGCACCCGCAUGCCGUCCACCGACCCGGCCGGCCAGUCGUCGGGCGGCGCGUCCACCGAGGCCGAAUCGAGCUCGGCGGGCUCGACGCGCGCGCCCGUGUCGCCUCCGUACGCGCCGGGCCAGACGUGGUUCUACAAGGUCAAGUUCGACGAGCCCUACCUCAUGUACCGCGACUGGCGCGAGCUGACGCGCAAGAUGCUCUCGCAGAAGGCAGCGUGGGAGAAGACGGUCCACGCCCGCGGUGGGGGCGGGAGCGGCGCAAACACCAUCCCGGGUGCAACAGGGCCGGCCACCGUCGACGAGCCCAUCUCCUCCCCCGCCGAACCGGCCACCACCGAGGCGACGUCCUCUGCAGCAGCCGACGCCGACGCCGACGCCGACACCGGCGAGGCCAAGGUGAGCAAGAGCCAGCUCAAGAGGGAGAAGAAGAAGCUCGAGCGCGAGAAGCGCGAAGCCGAGGCCAAGCAGCGGGCAGCGGCCAUCCAGGCGGGCAUCGCGCCGCCGGAACCGCCGCAGGCGAGGUCCAAGCGGCCCGAGACGCUCAUCUUCAUCCAGUGGUGCUACGACCGGCUGUACGGCGCCAACGGCGUAAAGGCGCGGCCGGACCUGUUUGCCACGUUCGGCGAGGGCAAGGGCAUCAUCGCGCUGCGCAACACGUUCCUUGACUACCUCAAGGCGGCAGAGGGGCAGCAGAAGCUCGCCGCGCUGGGCGGGGGCGGGGGCGACGGGAGCAACGGGGCGGCCGUCGAAGCAGCAGCGGCAGAGGACACGCGGCCGUUUACCAAGACGCUCAUCACGCCCAUCGCCGUGCCCGGCUGCGGCAAGACGGUGCUCGCCGUGGCGCUGUCGGAGCUGUUCGGGUUCGCGCACGUGCAGAGCGACGACUUCAAGGGCAAGAAGGGCUUCCUCGCCAGCGUCGACAAGGAGCUCCAGGCGCACGACGUCGUCUUUGCCGACAAGAACAACCACCUCUUCCAGCAGCGCGACGAGCUCAUUGAGCUGAUGCAGAAGCGCAGCGAUCCUAACCAGGUCGUCAAGCCGCCGUCGAAGAAGAAAAAGGGCAAGGGCGGCGGCGAGGACGAGGCAUCGGCCGCUCCGCCCGCCAUCCCGCGCAUCCGCACAGUGGCCGUGGCGUGGCAGCUGGAUGCGCUGCCGCUCAAUGCGCUGCACCGCAUCUGCUCCGACCGCAUCCUGGCGCGCGGCGACAACCACCAAACGUUGCGCGCCGACACGACGGGCGCGGCGGGGACGCGCGACCACGAGACGUUCGACGAGACCAUCUGGCUCGGCGUCGACGAGGGGCUCGAGGCGUCGCUGCGCCGCAUCGUCAAGGGCCUCUGCCCCAUGCUGGGCCUGCCGAUGCCCGACGACGCGCGCAUCGAGGCCGCACUGGCCAAGGCGGUCGAGUACAAGCCGGCGGUCAAGCGCGAGACAAAGUCUGAAAAGAAGAGCGCCGGCGGUGCCGGCGACAAGGACGCCGUCGAGGGCACCGGCGGAGCGGAAGCGGAAGCGGGAGCGGUGGCCAAGGCCGGCAGCGGCGGCGGCGGUGGCGUCAAGGUGCGGUACUAUGGCAUCGCCGUCGAGCUUGACCUUCACGCUGUGCUCGGCAAGCUCUUCGACGAAGGGCAAAGCAGCGAUGCAUCGUCCGAGGCGAUAGCGAGCGGCCGCGAGUUUUUCCACCAGCUGCGGCAGGAGAAGCGCAUCACGCUCCGCCCGCACAUUACCUUGGUGCACUCGGCCGCCGUGGCAAAGGAGCAGGAGUCUCAAAGCAUCACCAACCCCGAGGCCGCCGAGACAAAAGACGCGCCGGCCAAGCAGGCCGAAGACGUCGCCGGCGCCACAGCACGGUGGGAGCGGUACGCGGACCUCUGCCGACCCUCGAACGACGUCGUCGAGUUCGACAUGGUGCUCGACCGACUCAUCUGGGACGGCCGCGUCAUGGCGCUGUCGGUUCGCGACGUCUCGUCGGCCUCGGUGCCCGACUUCGAGGCGGUCCAGGGCGGCCGUGGCGGGCAGGGUCAGGGACGGUGGCGCCCGCACGUCACGGUCGGUACGGCGGCGCAGGAUAUCCGACCCGUCGAGGCCAAUCGGGCGCUGAUGGAGGCCGAGGAUGGCAAGCAGGGCGUCUUCCAGAUCCCGAUUGGCCAAGGGGGCACGGGCGUGAGGGCAAAGGGCCGGCUGCAGGGCAUGAACCACUGA